GCCUAAAAAAAUCACACCAGGCAAGACCCAGGCCAGGCACAACACAAACCACAACUCUUCCUCAAACAGCCCUGGAGCUACCACGCUACCUCUCUCUCUACUUUUACUUUACUUACCCACACCGCUCCUCUCCCUUUUUAAAUCUUCCCUCUACUUCUGCCAUUACCAUCUUCAAGAACCGCAUCUUAUUUUUCCCUUCCCUACUCUACUUGCCAGAUACCUCUUAGUUGUGUUCGAUACACCGUAAUUAAUCACCAUCAAAAUGCGUGAGAUCGUUCACCUCCAGACCGGCCAAUGCGGUAACCAAAUUGGUGCCGCCUUCUGGCAAACCAUCUCUGGCGAGCACGGUCUCGACAGCAAUGGCGUCUACAACGGAACUUCCGAGCUCCAGCUCGAGCGCAUGAGCGUCUACUUUAACGAGGCAUCUGGUAACAAAUACGUUCCUCGCGCCGUCCUCGUCGAUCUCGAACCCGGUACCAUGGACGCCGUUCGCGCCGGUCCUUUCGGACAACUUUUCCGCCCCGACAACUUCGUCUUCGGUCAGUCCGGUGCUGGAAACAACUGGGCCAAGGGUCACUACACGGAAGGUGCUGAGCUAGUCGACAACGUUCUUGACGUCGUUCGUCGUGAGGCCGAGGCUUGCGACUGCCUCCAGGGUUUCCAGAUCACCCACUCUCUCGGUGGUGGUACUGGUGCUGGUAUGGGUACUCUAUUGAUCUCCAAGAUCCGCGAAGAGUUCCCCGACCGCAUGAUGGCUACUUUCUCGGUCGUUCCCUCUCCUAAGGUUUCCGACACCGUCGUUGAGCCUUACAAUGCUACUCUCUCCGUCCACCAGCUGGUCGAGAACUCCGACGAGACCUUCUGCAUUGACAACGAGGCUCUCUACGACAUCUGCAUGCGUACUCUUAAGCUAUCCAACCCCUCGUACGGUGACCUGAACCACCUGGUUUCCGCUGUCAUGUCCGGUGUUACUACUUGCUUGCGAUUCCCUGGUCAGCUAAACUCAGAUCUACGCAAGCUCGCUGUAAACAUGGUUCCGUUCCCUCGUCUCCACUUCUUCAUGGUUGGAUUCGCUCCUCUAACCAGCCGUGGUGCUUACACUUUCCGUGCUGUCACCGUUCCUGAGUUGACUCAGCAAAUGUUCGACCCCAAGAACAUGAUGGCUGCUUCUGACUUCCGUAACGGUCGCUACCUAACGUGCUCUGCCAUCUUCCGUGGCAAGGUCACUGGUAAGGAGGUUGAGGACCAGAUGCGCAACGUCCAGAACAAAAAUUCGUCCUACUUCGUUGAGUGGAUCCCCAACAACGUCCAGACCGCCCUUUGCUCGAUUCCUCCUCGCGGUCUUAAGAUGUCGUCUACCUUCGUCGGUAACUCGACUGCCAUCCAGGAGCUUUUCAAGCGUAUCGGUGAGCAAUUCACUGCUAUGUUCCGACGAAAGGCUUUCUUGCAUUGGUACACUGGUGAGGGUAUGGACGAGAUGGAGUUUACUGAAGCCGAGUCCAAUAUGAACGACUUGGUUAGUGAGUACCAGCAGUACCAGGAUGCUGGUGUCGAUGAGGAAGAAGAGGAGUACGAGGAGGAAGUCCCCGUUGAGGGAGAUGAGUAAAUUUCUCCAUGAUAUACCCCAUUUUCCAGGAACAGGACACCUCAGUUUGUUGACGCGGUACGGAUGGAAAGCUGGCAUGUUCUCACGUUUUGGUGGUUCCCCAUCCCCCUAUACUAUUCUCUUGCGCCCCUCCUCAUGACCCGGACCUUCAAUGGAUAUAACGUACUUAAUGAAAAUUGAUCCACUACGAUCAAUUGAAUGGUCUUUUGGGGACUUGUUAGAUAUACCUCUUUUCGGUGUCUGUUCGUCUGGAGAAGCCAAACAAAAAACAAAUGCACAUUAUUGCUAGUAGUAACAAGAUCAAGAAUCAAUUGUCUUGUACAAAUUACACCUACAAAAUUACCUAAUUAAUGACUUUGCGUAGCUUUUUUAAUACCUACAUAAAGUUUUGUAAUGCAGUUCUGUUAUGAUGA